UACUAACUGGAAAUAUAAUCGCUUAUUUACAAAAGUCUGUCGAUGUAAGUUAUUAGUCCGAUUUCAUUCCAGCUGAAUAUGCACGUUUAAACAUAAAAAUGUAACUAUGUAUUCAGAACCAGCGAUAUAAACAAAAGAGCAAGCACUUAACUUUAUCUUAAUGUAUACCUACUCAUAUUUGUUUAGGUAAUAAAUUUCGAGAACUUUGGGAAUAUUAUAUUUCAUUUACUAUGAAACACUUUUUUAUCGCUUUAUUAAUUGAUGCUGAGCUUGUCUUUUUGUCCCUAAACUGUUUUUCUGUUAGGUCAUUCAUUUUCAUUAUUUGAGUGGCUUCGUGAUUACUAUUACUUCCACCAAGACCAAGUAAGCAUCAAGUUGAUGUAUUACGAUUACGAUACGAAUACGGGAUGAGAGUGUAAAUUAUAAAUUUCUAAAAAAGACAAAAUUCUUUGUGAUUGUGAAUUGAGUGAUUGUGUUAAAGCAGCUGAAGCUUCAUUCAUCGAUCAAAGAUCAAACUGAAGGAUCUUACAGUGGUCAGUGGUAAGCCUUGUAUGGAUAUAAGUGACAAUCUUUACUACAGUCUUCUGAGCCUUGUAAUUCUUCCAGUAUAUUUAUUCUUCACUUUGUGGAGUUGGUUAGGUUGGGAACUAUUUAAAAACAACUGAAGAAUGAGUCAAGAUCUAAACUUAUCGUUCAAAAACAUGAAAAAGAACCUUACGCUUGACCUAAACCAAAAGAAGCUAACUUUGCCUACCACAAGUGGUCUAUUGUCUUCCCCCGAUCUCAAUCUACUUAAAGUUGAUACUCCAGAAUUAGAGAGUAUGAUUUUAGCUAAUGGGAUGACUAACACACCAACGCCAUCAUUACUGUUUCCCAGAGCUGUUACAGCUGAACAAGAAAAAUUUGCUGGUGGUUUUGUCGAAGCAUUAAGUCACUUACACAACAGUAAUUCACAGCAAGGUUCAGACAGUAAUAGUAGCACAAUCUACAAUGAUUCGUUUAUACCUCAUAUCAAAGAAGAACCUCAAACAGUUCCUAAUAUGAAUCAAUCACCUCCAAUGUCUCCUGUUGACAUGGAAUACCAAGAACGAAUGAAACUAGAAAGAAAAAGACAAAGAAAUCGUCUUGCUGCCUCCAAAUGCAGAUCAAGAAAACUGGAAAGGAUUUCGAAAUUGGAAGACAAAGUUAAAUUGCUAAAAUGUGAAAAUAUAGAACUUGGAUCUAUUGUUAAUCAACUCAAAGAAACUGUAGGACUUCUUAAACUUGAGGUCAUUGAACACAAUAAGGCCGGUUGUCCUAUCAUUAAUAUGUAUUAAUAAAUUAAAUUUAAGAAAAAUUUAUUAUUGGUGCUAAGAAAAUAUAGAUAUAUUUAAUAGUUUGCAUAUUUUUAUAGCAGUUGUUUGAUAAAUGAUAAAUUACAUCAUUUUAUAAACAAUAUAGUCUAGGCACCAAAUAUAGGUCACUGUGUCCUUUUCAAUUCUGAUGGACAAACUCAACGGUUUCUCAUGGAUUUUUGGCUGCUGAUUACGAAUUUAGAGGGUAGAUUUCGAUCCGAGUGGUUGAAAAAUUGUUAUAAACAAUUCAAUUGUUUAUAAGGCUCAGGUUCAUACACUAAAACAGAUACAAAAAAUGUUUUACACAAAAUUUGUUCCUUAAUAAAAAACCGUUUACUAAACUCAAAUCCAAUAAUUAGAACUCAAGAUAUUGGAAUAUUAGUGCACAAUGCAAGUUGGGAAUUGCAAAAUAAGUAUUUUUCGAAGCUUUAUCGAUCGUAACUCGGCUUCUACGCAUGCAAAUGAGCAUUAGAAGGUCUCGUUUUAAAGCUUAAUUAAUAGGCUUUCAAACAAAGUUUGUUAAAUUACUUUGUCUUCAUUUGUUUUAAAGUUAUAUCCGUUUGAAGUUAUAAUUUUCUUAAAAAAAUUGGACAUUAAUUUGUUUAUGAGGGGUUCAAGCAAAGUUGAGCCAUAAACAUUUAUACUUUAAUUAACAAUAAUGAUAGAAGAACUCAAAAGGAACAAUUUCAGCUUAUGGAAAUUUUUGUAAGUUUAUUUUUGGCCAAGAUAUUUUCACCAUGUAAAUUAUAAUUUCUAUGUAUAUAUACGUUAUCUUCAUUUUUCAUUUUUGAAGAUCCUAAUAAAAUUUUAUAUAAUUCUUAUAUUAAAUCAUCAUACUGUACCUCGUAUACCUCUCAUUCUAUUUACUUUGUCUUCUAUUUUUUGUACUAAAUGAGAAAAAAAAACAUUAAAAACUAAUAUUUCAGAAAUAUAACACGAGAGCAGUCGAUCGGUGUCUUUACCUCGAUAUUACUUGACUGUUAGCCGAUCUUACACCUCAUAGCGCGGCAUUAAAAUAUCGAUAUCUUGGUCAAAAAUACACCUACAAAAAUUUUCAUAAGCUCAAAUUGUUUCUUUUGAGUUCUUCUGUCAUUAUUGUUAAUUAAAGUAUAAAUGUUUAUAGCUCAAAUUUGCUUGAAAUCCUUAUAAACAAAUUAAUGUACAAUUUUUUUAAGAAAAUUAUAAAUUCAAACGGGUAUAACUUUAAAACAAAUGAAGACAAAAUUAUUUAACAAACUAUGUUUGGAAACCUAUUAAUUAAGCUUUAAAACGAGACCUUCUAGUGCUCAUCUGCAUGCGUAGAAGCCGAGUUACGAUCGAUAAAGCUUCGAAAAAUACUUACUUUGAAAUUUGCAUUGUGUACUAAUUUUACAAUAUCUUGAGUUCAAAUUAUUGAAUUUGAGUUUGGUAAAAGCUUUUUUCUUUGUUUUUAUUAAGGAAAAAUUUUAUUUGAAACUUUCUUUUGUAUCUCUUAGUUUAUGAGCCAGAGCCUUAUAAACAAUUAAAUUGUUUAUAACAAUUUUUUCACCACUCGGAUCGAAAUCCACCCUCGAAAUUCGUAACCAGCAGCCAAAAAUCCAUAAGAAACCGUCGAGUUUGUCCAUCAGAAUUAAAAAGGACACGGUGACCCCUCUGGCACCUAGACUAAUAUCCCUAUCCAAUAUAUUCCAAAAUCUUUGUGGUCAAGAACAAAUGAAUGAUUUAAAGGAAAACAUGACUAAAAUUCUUGGUAACCUUUGGAAGUCUACUGAAAGUUUAGUACAGUAACGAACUACGUGCUUUAUCUAGUAGUAUGAGUUUUUAAGAAAUAAAUCCAAAGUUUUCUCAUACUAGAAGAAAUCUUCUCUUUAGACCUUUGGUUUUCUAAAAGUUACUGUAUUAUUUUUACUUGACCAUGAUUAUUGAAUCUGUUUAAUAAUUUUCAACUGGAAUUUGACAAAAAAACACAAAUAUACAAUUUUCUUAGUCAUAUUAAACUGAAAUGUGAUUUUUUGAAGCAGUUUUCUUGUGCUUAAAAAUAAUUUGUCAACAAUACAAAACUAUGUUAGAUUGACUACAAAAAUUAUAUUUUGGUACGAUUUGUACAAGAUUGUAAAAAUAUUGCAAAAAUAAACUAUGUAUAUGUAUAUAUUUGAAUGCCAUUCUUGUGAUAUCAAGUUAAGUACACUGAAUAACAGAGGUUUCAAUUGGAAGUACUCUGUUAACCUUUUUCAUUCAUUUUAAUGCUUCACCUCCAUUCUCUGGUUUAUUCAUUGAUACAAAUAUGAUAAUUAACACUGAAUGACAGAGGUUUCAAUUGGAAGUACUCUGUUAACCUUUUUCAUUCAUUUUAAUGCUUCACCUCCAUUCUCUGGUUUAUUCAUUGAUACAAGUAUGAUAAUUUCUGAAGUAUUUUGUAUUUACAAUACAGUUUAAACAUAGUAAGUAUAAUUGGAAAUAGUAAUUGAGUCAAUAUUCGCAAUCUUUAGUUUGUAUUUUUAUUAGUUGUUAUAUAAUCAUGGGGCAACCGGUUUCGAGUCUUACAAUAUAUGACUCAUCAUCAGGCCCAGUACAAAAAGUCUUCACAGUACAAACUACAAGCUAAAAUCACAAAACGAGAGACAUGUACAUAUACAUAUAUAAAACAUAAAAAACAACUUUGUCUUGGUUUUAAUCACAUACAAUAAAGCUAAACAACUGUAUAGUAUUGAACUCAAUAGUCUAUAGCAUGUAAAAAUGAGACAUUUUGUCAUUGGGAGCGACCAAUCUGAUGAGAAUUGCUUGGUAUAUAAUUUAAUAUAUACUACCAUCAAUCCUUAAAUAGUUAAGCGUCCUGACAAAGUUAUUAGUAAUCGGUAUGUACUUACAUAACAGCCACUGAAACUGUUCUGCAGCUAAAGAUGUACCUGGAAGUCACCAGUCAAACAGCCCUUAGUCUCUUAAAUUGUUUGUUAUGUUCAAUGUGGAACCUGGCAUAAAUUCCUGUGUUCCCAGUGGUGUAUGUUUCUUAUCAUUAACAGUUCUUUUAUUUUGAAUGUUAAAAAAGUGUAAAAAAACACUUUACACUUUUUUAACAUUAAAAAUAAAAAACAACUGCUAAAUCAGACAAAAAACAACUGUUAAUGAUAAGAAACAUACACCAAUGUGAACACAGGAAUUUAUGACAGGUUCCACAUUGAACAUAACAAACAAUUUACGAGACUAAGGGCUGUUUGACUGGUCAACUGUUCUUAUGGGGCUGGUGACUUCCAGCUACAUCUUUAGCUGUAGAACAGUUUCAGUGGCUGUUAUGUAAGUACAUACCGAUUACUAAUAACUUUAUAUUAUGUCGUUUGAUCGCAUACCAUCUUAUCAGGACUCCAUCAACCCUUAACUAUUUAAGGAUUGAUGGUAGUAUAUAUUAAAUUAUAUACCAAGCAAUUCUCAUCAGAUUGGUCGCUCCCAAUGACAAAAUGUCUCAUUUUUACAUGCUAUAGACCAGUGGUUCUCAAUCUUUUUGUGUCAUGUACCACCAAAUACUUUUUAUUAUUUUUGGUACCACCUAACUGAAAUACAUAUCUAACUAGGUGAUCUAAUUAACUAUAAAGUGGUGCUGAUUUUGGCUGUUUUUGCGUUUUGUGUACCACCUCAAAAAAUGAAAUAUACCACCAGUGGUACAUGUACCACAGAUUGAGAACCGCUGCUAUAGACUAUUGAGUUCAAUAAUAUACAGUUGUUUGGCUUUAUUGUAUGUGAUUAAAACAAAGACAAAGUUGUUUUUUGUUUUAUAUAUGUAUAUGUACAUGUCUCUCGUUUUGUCAUUUUAGCUUGUAGUUUGUAUUGUGAAGACUUUUUGUACUGGGCCUGGUGAUGAGUCAUAUAUUGUAAGACUCGAAACCGGUUGCCCCAUGGUUAUAUAACAACUAAUAAAAUACAAACUUAAGAUUGCGAGUAUUGACUCAAUUACUAUAUCCAAUUGUAUAAUGGACUCGCAUUGGCAACCCUUUCAUCAUAGUAAGUAUAGUUAAUAAUUACACUGUUUUUAUGCAUAUUGUGUUAAAGAUAAAAUUUACUCCAUUCAAGUAAAUUUGUCAAUAAUUGUCAAUUAUUUUUUAACAUCACUGUUGGUGUAUCAAAAUUGUUGUAACUCAAUAUAUAUUUUUCUAUGAAAAAAUGUUAAAUUAUGGUAUGUCUCUUUUUUGCAAUAUUUUUGGUUUAUCUAUAGAAGUUGAGUAUUAAGAUAUAUUUAUAUAAAUUUAGAUUUAAGGUUUUGUACUUUGUCUAAAUGACAUGUUACCAUAAGCAUAUGAAUCGAUAUUGUAUGCCUUUCAAAUUAUAUUAAUUAUAUUAGUAAGUAAUGUUAAAAUAAAGUAUUUAUACAUAUA